AUGGGAGGCCGCCAUUGCAGCACGGGGUUCUGGCUGGCUUGCUUUUUGGCCCCCUUCCUAAGGAGCAGCUUCUCAAGCAUUGGUUCGUGUUGUUUUGAUGACCCUGGUGUUGUUACCAGACCACAGUACCUGCCUUGGGGUUGGUUUUAUCAAAAAACAAACAGGGCCCCGGCCUCCUGCUCAUCUGGGAACCAGCCUGGGGAGGGAGCAGUAACUCAGGUCAGCGCUGCAUCCAAAUCCCAGCCCUCCCUUUGUGAUCCAGUCCCCUCAUUACCUGCCACUUGCCCUGCCCCCUCUCCUGCCUUCAGCCUGCCCCACCUCUUGCUAUGCCUCCUCCUCCCUCUGUCCUCCAAGCUCUCCCAGCACCCCUCGCCCCUUCUUCUGCCCCUGCUGCUUCUCCUCAUUCUUCCCCUCUCCGUCUCCUGUUCCUCAUGUUCUCCCUGGUCCCCAGUAACAGAGGAUCCCCCACAGAAGCCCCUGAGGGAGGGAACGGGUAGGGGUAUUGCCAGGACACUCCAGUGGGGGUGGGUUCUCUCUGAGUUGGGCUCUGGGCCUCCAGGGAGCACCCAGCGCACCCUCCUGGAGAAGCUGGAUGGCGGGCUGGGAGGGCAGGCUGGGCGCCAAGUGGGUCCCCACCACAACACCAUAUGCAUUGACCCCUCUUUGCUCAGGGCUGGGGCAUCCAGGAGGUGGAAACCGAGUCCACCCAGUGCCAGCAGAGAAGCCCUUUUGCUCCUGGGUUGGAGCUGGGCUAGGAACAACCCCCAAAUCUGGACCACUCGGUGGGGAGGACUGGCUGUUUGGGCUCCAUGGACCCCAGCUGCCUCUGGGUACCACAGAGUCCCUGGGCCUGCCGGUGGUCUCCUCAGGAGAAGUCCCCGGGGCCCAGGGGGGCAGCUGUCUCCACCUGCCACAGCCUCCCACACAGAACAGCCCUUCCCAGAGCUCCCAUGACCUCCCCAAGGUGACAAAUGUCAUUCCAGCAGGAGCUGCCUUAGCUGCGAGCUACUCAGUCUGUCCCUCCACAUGCUCUCGCCUCAGGUCUUUUUUUUUUUUUUUUUUUUAAUUUGACAGAGAUCACAAGUAGGCAGAGAGGCAGGCAGAGAGAGAGGAAGGGAAGCAGGCUCCCUGCUGAGCAGAGAGCCCGAUGUGGGGCUCGAUCCCAGGACCCUGGGAUUAUGACCUGAGCCGAAGGCAGAGGCUUUAACCCACUGAGCCACGCAGGCGCCCCUCGCCUCAGGUCUUUAACCUUUGAGACGUCCAUCCCCAUGCCCAGGACUCCACGGUUCUGCCCGCACGUCCAGAGCAAGUGAGCACACAGGCACUGAGCCCAGCUCUUGUACAGUGGCAGCCUCCGUGCCAGCUGCCAGUGUUUUGCCAAUUUGGGAACAUCUGAAAUGUCUUUAGCCUCUUCAUCGAGGGACCUUGGUGUCACAGUGGCAGGGACCUUUCAAACUUCCAGUGACAAAGUUAAGGAGAAAAUGCUUCCACAGAACAGACACACUGGGCGCACAUCCCUGGGGGGCCCGAGGGUGCGCCCAGGCCGCCCCAGGUGAAGCCGGGAAUGGGCCGGAGCUCUCCUUACUGAGUCGUCAGCAAGUCACCCACUGCUCCCUUCACCUCAUACACCGGAUGACAGCCAGAGGAAAAGGGAGCUCCGUAUAAAAUACCAAACAACUCGGCAAAGGUUCGGUGUGAGACGUCAGCGAGGAAGACCAGGGGAGCGGGCAAUAGAGGUGUAGAAAGACAUUCUGUGGCGGCAGUGCCCGAAUGGCCUAAAUGUGGGAGCUUGACAAUGCCAAGUGCUGGCUGCCUGGAGGGCGCGGGUGCUGCCGUUGGGAACGCAGAAUGGCCCACCACCCUGGAAAGCUGUCUUGCCAUUUCUUCUUAACUUAAACCUGCGCUGACCACGUGAGCCAUCGAUCCCACUGCUGGACGUUCCCCCGGGAGCAAUGGAAACGGCGUGUCCCAAAGAUUCGUGCACGCACAUCCACAGAAGCUUUAUUCGUAACAGCCCAGACAGCCUGCCCCGCUGUCGGUCAGCUGGUCCGCAGACAGAUGCACACGGUGCUACGCUCGACGGGGAGGGAACCAGUGAGGUCCGAGUCACAGGGACAAACCGAGCCAGGGCGCUGGGCAGAGGAGGCCGGACAUAUAGGAGCACGUACCAUGUGACCUUGCUGAUUUGAAGUUUUAGAGAAGACAACACAAUUUAGAGGGAGAAAACAAACCAGAUGAGUGGUUCUCUGGACCUGGAUUUGGGAGAAGAUGGGCUCCAGGGGCCCUGCAGCGGUGACAGACACUUUCUCUGUUUUGAGUGUAGUGGCAGUGACGCCGCUGGGUACGUCUGUCAAAUUUUUAUCAGACUUCACUGUGAACGUAGAUGCGUUUCACUGCAUGCGUUUCACUUUGAGUGGAAAACCAGAACAGGAAAACUCAAGGGGAACGUGGGUGACCCUCAGCACUGUCGCGGGCCCCAGACCUAACUCGACAAAACCGUCCGCAGACACCAAAGCAGGGAGCAGACUUCUCUGUGCAACCGGUCUGAGGUCCAUCAGACAGCUGGGAAGUACCCGGAGUGAACGCUUCCUGGGUUUGGGGUCUGGAGCACUGAGGAGCUUCUGGGGCUGGGGGACCACGGCAAUGCCACACGGCAACACAGGCCCUAAGUGUCGCCACAGCAUAUGCUUUAAAAUGGCUUCCGUGGCAAAUCUCAUGUGUCUUUCACCACAAUAAAAGUAUCUGCCAGGGGGCGCCUGAUGGCUCAGUGGGUUAAGGCGCUGCCUUCGGCUCAGGUCGUGAUCUCAGGGUUCUGGAAUCGAGUCCCGCAUCGGGCUCUCUGCUCGGCAGGGAGCCUGCUUCCUCCUCUCUCUCUCUCUGCCUAUUUGUGAUCUCUC